AUGACUAUCAGAGGUGAUAAUGCAAACAUGAGGCUCACCGAUUUGGCCUUCCAUCGUCGAGCUGUCGGAAUCGUCUCUGAUAGAAGAUGGACGAGGCACGUCCCAUCAAUGGAUGACCUGAAACGAAUCAAAACUUCGUUAGAACAGCACACAUCGAGUCCCCAAGGAUGGAAUGCCGCAGGUUUCAGGGUUGCCGCCGAUGGGAUUCAGCGAAGUGCUUACUACCUCUUGGGUUUCCUGACUAUCCCUACGCGGGAUUUCGUUCCAAUCAAACCGGAGCUAGCUCAAUAUCAUCCGCGAAUCCUUGAUCGAGUGGAUAUUGAAGGUCGAUACCGAUUUAAUCUCAAGCAUCAAGCGCAUGACGUUAAAGUCUUCAUGCAAGAUGAGGAAAUGACUCUCCCCUACGAAGUCCAGGAGAGACUCACAAAACUGAGGCCGACAAGUAUUGGUGCCGCGAAGCGCAUGGAGGGCAUGACACCGACCUCACUGCUCCAUAUCAUUGGGCAUGUGAGGGGAAGCAAAAGUGCCGCUUCAACAAAGGGCAUGAGGGGGCCAGACGCUGCAUGAUUGUGACGGAUAGAACAAUCGGGAUCGAUAUCGUAUCAUCAUUAUAGUUCCAUACAGUGCGCACAUUCGUAAUAUGUGCUGGGGCCCAUAAAAUAAAGGAGUCUCAGUGUUCAUGUCUUCAUUCAAUGCUUGGCAGAUCAGCAUUUCCGAAAGUCGUCGUCCCGCCACCAUACUUUGUCCUGCAACAAGUGCGCUUCCGUCGUCUCUCGCCACAGGGGGGUUAUCUUCUAGAUGAAUAUUGCCAAAAUUCUCCUCAACGGAGGCUACAAUUUUGGUGCCAUCAGGGGGAGCAAUCUCAGUAGCUGUCUCAUGCUGCUCCUUAG